AUGGAUCCUCUAUCUAUAUCGCUUGGUAUUGCGGGUGUUUUGCCCUUGAUAGCCGGUGCGAUCACUACGGCAAAAGAAUAUAUAGACAACGUGAAGUGCGCGAAGGAAUCAAUCGCAACCUUGGUGAUCGAGCUCGAAGCACUCCAAUCAAACGUGGAAAAUCUACAUGAUCUCCUAAAGGGCGAUUCCAUAAGAACCAGCUCUAUUCAAUUUCAAGAGUCUUCGGUUCUCCGAACUUGCUCUGCUGCAUGCGAGACAAGGUUGCGAUCGCUUUGCAAGAAGCUGGCUAAAGACGCCAACAGGAAGGGGAGUCGCUUACUAUGGCCUUUUACCGAGAAAGAGUACCAAAAGCUAAUCCAGGAAAUACGUAAUUUCACUAACUGGAUGGGAUUCGCUUUGUCGAUUGAGGGUUGUCGGCUUCUUUCUCGCACAUCAGACGAUGUUUUAGAAUUGAUGGGACAGCAGCUAGAACAAUUCAGAACCAUCCAGACAGUUGAAGCACAUACCGCUCAAAUCCUUGAUUUUGUCGAAGAGCAACGACACACAAACAAAGUCAAUAUCGAGAAAGAAGCCAAAAUAAGUAUUUUCAACUGGAUCUCGAAUGGAAAACACGAUCAGAAACACCAGCUUGUGCAGAGCUCAAGAGUUCAGAACACCGGAAAGUGGAUCUUGCAGAAAGACGAGUUCAUUCAGUGGCGAAACAAUAGUUCUGCAUCAAAUGUUCUUGUGUGUUAUGGCAUUCAAGGAUCUGGCAAAACAAACCUUGCAUCCAUUAUCAUCGACGAACUCCUGGACUCUAGCUCAAGUGAGAACUCACCUGUUGCUUACUUCUACUUCGACCACCAAGAUCAAUCAUCUCAAAGUACACCAUUGGUUCUACGCUGUAUUUUGAGACAACUUCUACAAAGUCUACCCACCAUACCCAGUGCCGUGCUCGAGCUUUAUGAGAAGGGUGGCCGGAAUGGUCAAAUACCUGUUCACGAUUCUGAAAGACUCCUAACUGACCUUGCUUCUAAUUUGGAUUGUGUAUAUCUGGUAUUCGACGGACUCGACGAGUCAGAGCAUCGAACAACCUGCCUUCAAAGCAUUCAAAACCUGAUACGCAGUCCUAAAGUACGAUUUUUAGUUACAUGUCGACCUCAUAUUCUAGAUAUCGCAAAUAUUUUCCAACAACACCCGAAGCUCGAAAUCGAAGCCCAUGAGGACGAUUUGCAAAUGUGCUUGCGGCAAGAACUUAACGCAGCAAGAAUAUAUGACAUCGCAGAUCAUGAAUUUGUGAGCAGACUGAUAUGGAAACUGACGCAGAAUGCAGAGGGAAUGUUUCUUCUUCCAAUUCUACAACUCCGUACAAUUCUCAAAGAACCUACUAUCGGCGAGAUGGAGGACAGAAUAGCAGACAUGUCCUACAGUCUCAGUGACGCCUUUUCGGAUACUAUUUCUCGUAUCCAGCGACUUCCCGAGAGCCGUAGUCGACUCGGAAUGGGUGCUCUUAUGUGGCUUUCUCACACACCCCGGGCAAUGACCGUACUGGAACUGAGCGAUGCCUUGGCUGCUCGCAGCGUGGGAAAUACUGUUAAUGUGAGAUACCGGCCAUACGUCAAGACGAUCCUCGAAUGCUGCCAGGGCCUUGCGACCGUAGAUGUGGAGGGUUACGUGCGGCUUGCCCACUACGCAAUUCAGGAAUAUUUGAGAGAGAAUGCGACAGAUCUCUUCCCGAAAGCCAAAGCCACGAUUGCGGUGACAUGUCUACGAUAUCUUGUGCUUGAAGACUUCCAUGGUGGGCCUUGGUGGGAUGAUAGUGAAAUUGAGGAUAAAAUGGAAAUGUAUCCUUUUCUCACCUGGGCCACUGUGUAUUGGGGCCAGUUUACGCGAGUAACCGAAACCGAUGCUGAAGUUUGGUCUGCAUUGUUAGUAUUUUUCUCGUGUCCCGUCGCUACAGCAAUCUCGAACCAAGUGCGACAAUAUUCGCAAGGUAAGAGAUUUGAAUACUACGAUUCCGAGGAAUGCAAAAGCUUUUCAGCGCUCCAUCAUGCUUCCCGGCACGGUCUCAAACGGGCAGUUUGUGAGCUCCUCGACAGCGGCACAUACGAUGUUAACGAACUCACGGAAAUGGGUAGCACACCAGUUAUCCACGCUGCCGCGGCUGGACAUGUCCAAACAACCCGAACUCUGCUGGAUCAUGGCGCUAAUCCGCGAUUACGCAAUUGGUACGGAGACGCGUUACACUGCGCCAUUCAGUCGGAUAAAACAGAGACAGUUCGAGAGUUGAUUCGCUGGGGAGUGGAUCCUAACACUAUUCAAAACGAUAAACAAACUUAUCUCGGUUGCGCAGUAGAUGGAGAUUGCGCCGGCGCCUUUGCAGUGCUUGUCGAACUUGGUGCAGACAUUAAGUUACAAAGCGCGAUAGGACAUGAUAGUCACAUAUUCUUUACCGCGGCACUCUGGGGCUGCGGCAAGAUCGUCGUACUGAUGCUGGAACGAGGAUGGGCCGAUAUUGAGAUGAGAAACCCCCGAGGACAAACAGCACUGCAUUUUGCUGUGUUGUCUGAAGAUCCCACGACGGUUAGGAUGAUUAUGAAAGCUGGUGCGAAUAUUGAUGAGAUGGAUAACGCUGGUCAUACAGCUCUGGACUACGCGGAAGUUGCGAAAAACAAGACAAUACUGAGACUGUUACUAGCCUCAAAGCCAUGGGGCACAUGCCUUCAAGUUCCAUAA